AGCAGAACAUCGGCUAGCCUCCCAAUCCUCCCGAGCUUCUUCAGGUCGGAGGCGAUAGGAUUCUUCGUCGCAUCCAGCCGACACUGCGAUGUGACUAUCAAACCCUGGUUCGAUCCGACCACCCAACAUGGACUUGAUCGACUCUACCACCAUCACCUACGGGACACUCUUCUUGACGAGCACGGUGGCGUUCGGGCCUUCCCCUUCCGUCCUCGUCAACAGCUUGAUCACCAUCCCCAUCUUGCUCUACCUCACACGUCUGGGACAAGAGAAGAGUGACUUUCUCAUCGCCUAUGCUAUCGUCACGGUGGCCUCGUUCAUCGCUUACUUGCCUACAACGCUACAUAUGCUACCUGCCGUCCAGUCGAUCUUGCUACAACUCGUCUUUUCGCUCGUCUCGGCAGGAUUCGUAUGUCUACCACUUCUAGCGUACAGGUCGCUGCAGAAUACACUCGUCAUCAAGGAGUCGGAAGACGAAGAAACGAGAGAGGCGUCCAUGCGGAAUCGAAGCCGGUGGCUGGGAAUCGCUGGUUUUCCGUUCUUGUGGAUGACAGGGUGGCUCGUCUUUGAGCAGAUCAACCCGUUCGGGAGACAGGGCUCGCCUACCGGUUCGGCCUCGACCCUGCCUACCUUUCUCCAUCCGAUCCUACGCCACCUCGGUCAGCCAGGCCUGGAUUUCCUCGCAGCCUCUUGGUCGGUCGCUAUAGCUCGGAUCUUUACCGUCAUCUCCGACAACCCGAGCGUGGCUUCGCAGAUGUACAAUCAACAGAGACAGAGGACGGACGAACGAAGGCGGAUCUCCCUCGGCAGAGGGAUCCCUGGCCACAAGUCCGUCGACUUGAUUGGAUUUGAGGAUGAAAGCAGAGCCGAGGGGAGCUUGGCUCCAUCUCCGUUGGAAGGUUCGAGGGUAGAUCAGCUAGCCGAUCCGCAACCUAGAUCCAGGAGUAGCUCGCACGGGUACGGAACCCUGACUGCCAUGCUAGGCAGGAGGCUGUCACGAGCUGCCCAGCCUGCGUUUUUGGACCUUUUCGACAAUGCCUACAGGGUAUUUGUGGGGUUCACUCUGAUUCUGACGGUCGUCCCGGGUUUAUUCUUCCCUAUGAUGGCUCCCUUGUCGAUGUCAGCACCAGUCUCGAAGAUGACGCCCAUCUCGGUCGGAUGCGUCUUGCCCCAAGCGAAGACUCGGCACUUGGCCGAUUUUAUCAAGGAGACGGACCAAUUGGCGCCGUCUGCCAAGGUCUUGCUUUGGCCUGAACAGGCCCUCCAUCUCAGGACAGAGGAGGAACGUGUCCAGGUUUUGAUUCAGGUACACGAGGUCGCGGCGAGACACGGCGUCUGGGUCGGGGUUGGGUUGGGAAGUCCGCCCAGAUCGAACCCUGUCGCGGAGGACGACCUGGAACACCCAAAAAGGCGGAAUGAGAUCGUCCUCGUUGGUCCUCAAGGGGUCGUUGGGGAGUAUGAGAAGAGGAGACUUGUGCCGAUCGUCGAGUCUUAUGGGUAUAUGCCAGGAUCGGAAACGCCGCCUUCGUGGGAGAUCGGACUGCCUCCCCCGAGAGGUAUAGCGAAACCGGACUGGGCGGAGAAGGCGCCAUAUGUCAGGGAUAUACCUGUCAUGCCCUUGAUCUGCUUGGACUCGUUGCAUCCAUCAAUUGCGAGUUCGCCAGUCAGGGCGUCCGGUGGCAAGGCAGACCACUCCACGGCAGAAAGCCCAUCUUUGAUCCUGUUGUCCACAUCGCCGCCUGCCGCACAGAGCGGAUCGGUCGCCUCUAUCAUCCUCGAUCAUGCCAAAGAUCUCGCUAUACAACACGGAGCGCAGGUCUUGGUCUGCGAUGGAUCUGGGUCGGAAGCCGUCUCCGGGCUGGUCGAGGUGGAUGGGACGGUGAGGUAUCGGCAGCGAGGGGAAGGGGGUUUCGUCGUCAAGAGCGGCGUACGAUACAAGCAGGGGAGGAGGAACGGGUGGGAAGUGCUUGGGGGUCCUGGGGUUUGGGGUAUCUUCACGAUGGUGAUAGUUCUGGGCGCCGGCAUUGAGUUGGGCUCGCAUAAGUUACGGAAAGCGGGGGCAACGGUGGGUUGGCCAAGCAUCAAGGAAAGGUUGAAGAAGUUGUGGCGGAAGCAGCGCGACCGAGAAGAGACUGCCAGGCUCAUUGAUACAGAAUAGGGUAUACGGGGCAUAUUGCAGAUGAGGCAACUUGUGCUAAUUCAUGAUCGAGAUGCGACUGAUGUACGAUAUACCCGAUGCUACUACGGCUUGAUUGACAACCAGUUGCAAUCAGGAAGAAUCAUAUCAAGUAGACUUGCGU